AUGGAAGCCAUCAUAGAUGCCCAUGGGUUAUGGGAUGCCAUUGAGCCACCAACCGGAGUGGUUGUGGAUGAGAAGAAGAGCAAGCAGGCUCGAGCUGCCAAGAAGAAGACAACCAAGGAGGUUUGGGACUCUCUAAAGUCACGGUUUGUGGGUGUAGAAAGGGUCCAAAAGGCAAGACUCCGGGUACUGAAGAGUGAGUUUGAAGCACUUCAAAUGAAGGAAACAGAAACCGUAGAUGAUUAUACCGGAAAGAUAUCAGCCAUGAUUUCAAAGUUCGGGAGUGCAGGGGAAAUAUUGGAAGAUGAAGAAUUGGUAAGGAAGUUGUUUGAUACACUCCCAGAAAGGUUUAUAAACAUAGUGGCAUCGAUUGAACAAAGUUGUGACAUGGAAUCAAUGUCAUUUGAAGAAGCAAUUGGGCAUUUGAAGGCUUAUGAGGACAGGCUCUGGCUCCGGAAGGCAAGCACACAGGCAGAUAAUGCCCUGCUACUUGCCAAGGCAGAAGGCUCAUCAACCCACUGGAGCCCAAGCACGCCAAACUCAACAGAUGGUCGAGGAAGGGGCGAAAGUAAUAAACAGGGAGGAAGAGGCAGCUUACGAGGGUGA